AUGCAAGAGUCAAUUGUAAUGCAAUCAACACCACCAAGCAAUCACACAAUCACAGAAACAACAAAAGCAAGUGAUUACAAAGUUCUUAAACAAAGUUCAAAAUUUCCUCCUUAUUCAAUAACUUUCAAAAGGUCAUCACAAGAUGAACAGGUUACAGAUCGUAAAUUAUUAGAACUUCUGCUUGUAGAAUGGAAAGACAAAAAUAAUUAUGUACCUGAUAUUACAGGAAGAUUCGGACAUGGAAAAUGUCUUUUAAUCUUUGCGAAUGAUGAAACAAGUUUUGAAGAAUUAUUCAAUCAACAAAAUUGGCCGACCAAAAUCAAUGAUUGUGAAUUUGAUUUAAAAUUCCACGACUGGAACAUUGAAGAAGUUUUUGAAGAUUUAAAAACCUUAUAUCCUACAUUAAUUAAAUUAACAAGAAUGUAUUCAUUUAACAACAAACCUUUAAAUUUAGUGCGUGCCGAUUUUUGUUCACUUCAACAAGUCAAGAAAUUACUUGAUGAUGGUCGUAUAACAAUUGGUCAUAUGAAGAACUUAGUGAAACAAUAUCAUCCUCCUGAAAAGAUAAGCAAAUGCAUGAAAUGUUACAGUCAUCAUCACAUCACAAAUGAAUGCACUAGCCAAGUUCAACUAUGUAUCCGGUGUGGAUUAGAUCAUCCAUAUAACAAUAAUUGUCAAAAUGAAAUCAAAUGUAUUAACUGUGGUCAAGACCAUUAUGCAGGUCAUUCAGCCUGCCCGGAAGUACAACAAAUUAGAAGACAAAUCAGUCAAAAUCAAAGAGAAAAAGAACACAACUAUUAA